AUGGAGUUGGAGGGUAUGCCUGGGAAUCUGGAGUUUGGGUCUGCGGGGACUUUGUUUGCGAAUGUGAAUGCUGGGAGUUCCACGGUGGUCCUGGAGGAUUCGGGGUCAGGUGAGUAUGGACUUGAUGGUGUGACUGCCUUCCCGCAUCCCCUGGUGGAACAUGAGUCGACGAUCCAAGUGGAGUCUGGGUCUGCUAUGGAGGAGGAGAGUGGGGUCGAUGGGGUUGGGGUUGAUGAGUCUGACAAAGACAUGAAUGGUGGGUACUUGAAAGUGAGUAUCUGUUGCCUGCCCAAAUGGGCUUUUGAGACGCUUCAUGCUGAUCGAAAAGGGGAGACGGCCAUCAAUAUCGGUGUGGCCACCGGGCUCCUGGCAGCGGAGGCGAAGCCGGGGGACCGUCCCAUGUUCUCCUCGGGAGACUUCAUGAAGGGUAACGACUUCCAGCCAGCGGACAUGCAGGCGAAGCUGCACGAGGUGGCGGAGCAGGCGCGACACGCCUAUGCACAGAAGCAGAUGCUCGAAGGCAUGGUCAUUGAUGGCAAAUGCCUGGAACUUGCGCUGGAGCCGCAGAACGAGAAGGACUUCGUGGCCAUCUGUCGCACAUGCACGACUGUGAUUUGCUGUCGGGUGUCUCCCAAGCAGAAGGGUGCAGUCGUCCGUCUCAUUAAGCAGGAGGAGAAGGCCAUCACUCUGGCGAUCGGUGAUGGCGCCAACGACUGCAACAUGAUCAUGACUCUUGGCCUUGUCAUUUCGUCACUGCUUCUCGGGAACGUCCUGGAGUGGUAUGAGUUCUGUCUCUUCAGCUUCCUCGAGCCUUACUUUGAGGAGAACUUCUUCCGGGGCUCUGCCGUGGCAGCUUGGCUGGGCUUUGCCAUCACCUUCCUCGCGCGGCCCUUCGGGGGGAUGGCUCUAGGUCUUCUCGGAGAUCUCUUCGGCCGGAAGGUCUCCACGUUUCUGUCCAUCUUCGGGAUGUUGCUGGGCACCGUGUGCCAAGGCCUCGUUCCAAGCUUUAAGAAUGGCGAAGCUCUUGGCUAUCUGGGCCUCGUACUCCUGGUCCUGCUGCGGGUGGUGCAGGGCAUCUCCACUGGUGGCGAGAUCGCAGCGGUCCCCACCUACCUCACCGAGGUGGGUGCCAAGAAGAGCCUGGCCUGCUGCAUCGUCCUCAUCCCGGCGACCUCGCAGGUCGGCUACUUCCUGGCCCAGUUGGUGAGUUUUGCGUUCGAGGAGUCCCUUGGAGAGGAGGCGAUGACGAGCUGGGGGUGGCGCUUGCCAUUUCUCCUGGCUCUUCUGCCGGGCAUCACGGCCACCCUGGGCCGCAGGUGCAUCCCAGAGUCCGAGGCGUACCUUAGAGCGCAGGUGGACUUCCCUGCCCAAGACGCCCGCAGUGCGGCGAGCUCGGCCCUCGCAAAGACCCGCGAGCUCAUCCGAGGCUACGGGCCGAAAUUGCUUCUGGGCUUCGGGGCCGUCGCUGCCGUCUCUGUGCUUCAGUACGGCGGCAUGACCUGGGGGUUGGUAACACUCAAGAAAAGUGGCGUCUCUGGCCGGGUCCGCAUCGCAGCCGGGGCAGCGGCAAAUGCUUUAGUCAUCCUGCUGGGCCCUGUGGUCGGACUCUUCGCAGAUCGCCAUGGCGUUGCCUUCAUUCAGCUCGUCGGAAGCCUCUCCCUCAUGGUGUUUGGCGGACCACUCCUCGUUGCGAUCAGCACAGCGGAGCAGCCGGAACUCAUCAUCUUACUGUACGGCUUGGGCUAUGGGAUUCUCGGUGCCCUCUUCAUGGUGCACAUGCUCCAGGUGGUCGAGCUUUUCCCCGUGGAGGUUCGGAAUGCCGGCAUGGGCCUGAGCUACAAUGUGGGUGUGUGCAUCUUCGGCGGCUUCGCACCGAUGCUGUUUGAAGCAUCCGUUCUUUGGUUCUCCUGGGCUCCGGCACUUUUGUUGGCCGGGGGAGGAUUGGUCACCGCUUGUGCCACCUUGACGAGCCUGAAGAUGCAAUCCCGGGGAAUGAUGCGCCUGACGCACACACGGUCGGAGCCGUACUUCAGGCUCUGUGGCAAAGAACCCUUUGCCUAUCCGCAGGAGUCGGAAAAGUCUGCACCGAGCCCUCAGAAGAAGGACGAGGUCCAGCAAAUCCCACAAGACAGCGAGGUCCAAUCCGUUGUCGCACUGUAA